UUCUAACUUAAAAAGGUCCAUUAAGUGUGAGUAGGUCUUAUCUUCUAGAUUCAAAAUUCGAGAAGAAUCAUAAUGAGAAUGAGAAUCAUUCAAAUCAACAAAUUAGGUAGGCGUGUGGAAUCGAAAUCCGAUCGUCAGAGAUUUGGAACUUUCCCUUUUUAAUUGAAAAAUCCUUCAUCAUCUUCUUCCGCGUGAUUUCCCUAAAGGAAAGAAAAUGGCGAAAGAGGGAACAACGGUGAUCGGAGUUCCGUAUUACGCGGGGCAGAAUCCGUACCAGGCCGGGAUUGUGCCGCCGAACGCUAUCUACGGUGAUCCGUUGGGUGCUCCGAUCCAGCAAACGAUUUAUCGAGACACUCCUGCUCCUUUCAAUUGCCUUUAUUGCGGCAAUACUGGUCUCACCAAUCUCAGAUCAAAACCUGGUGUUGCUGCUGUUGUUGCUUGUAUGAUGCCGUUUAUGCUUGGAUUCUGUUUUCUCUGCCCUUCAAUGGAUUGUCUCUGGAACAAACAGCACCAUUGCCCUCAGUGUGGGAACAAGGUUGCUGACUUUGAGAAAUCAGAUCCUUGCCUUGUUAUGGAUCCGCCUAUGUGGAAGCAACCGAGCUUUGCACUCCCUGCAUGAUAAGAUGUCUCCUUUUAUUGUUCUGAUUAAUAUUUUGCUUGUGAAGUUGAGUGGGUUCUAUUGCAUGUACUGAAAAUUAAUCGAAGAUCAAGAACAACCCUAUAUAGAAUGUGUGAGAAGUGAAAUGCAUAUUCUUCUGUAUCGUUUCACUGAUUCAUGAACUGAACCGGCUAUUGUCUUGACUCUUGUGCUUUCUUGGCUAUGACAAGACUCUUACCUUAACGUAGA